AUGUCUUCAGUUGGCUGGGCGGAUGGCUUGAGUCUUGGUCCUUGGAUUGGUUCCAGGUCUGAUCUUUCCCCAGCGGAUUCUCCCGAUCGAAGUUCCGGAGUAUCACUAUUUAAUUCCCUCCAGCCCUUGUUGACCAUCACAAAUACUGCCCUGAUUGAUAAAAUGGACCCAAGCAGCGACCAGGCCGGCGGACUCGACUCGGAGGGACAGCGACCAGCCCAGCAAGACUUCCAUCGGCCAUCGAAGACCAUCCAAGCACCGCCCACCCAAGUGCCCACCCCACCCGCCACGCCCAUUCUGACCGACUCCGACCAGGAACUGGUGCCAGAACCACCGCCAGUCGAUCCCCCUCAAUCUAACUUAGCCCCUUCAAACCCACCCUCAAGGGCUAACUCAAACCCCGUAUCACCACCAUCCCCUUCACAAUCCCCAAGGACCUCAGCCAACGAGCACCUAUCUGACCAGCCCGCGCCUCACCCACCCAAGCUGCUCAACCAUACCCUCCAAGAUACGCUAGAGGAUCUCAGCUCGCUCCUGCAAACCUUUCGCAAGAUCCUGCCGCUCAGCCAUCGCCUCGCUCAAUUCGUACCCAGACUCAUCCAUCGAUUCUCUCGAUUUUGUGUUCAGAGGAUGGCCCAGAUGCUCCACAAUCGGAACCUCCUUGCAAGUAAUGUUGCUUACGAUCUCGCCAUUCUGCUAUUAAAAUGGAUCAUCAAUCUCUUCUUCCGGGAGAUUCGUCCGCGUGGGUCGCACAAAAUCCCUGACAAAGGACCUCUGAUAUUCGUCGCAGCUCCCCAUCACAAUCAGUUCCUUGAUCCGGUUAUCUUGAUGUCUGAAGUUCGGGCGGCUGAAAGCGCAAGACGAGUCUCAUUUUUGACGGCGGAAAAGAGCAUGAAACGUCCUUUUAUUGGACUGAUAGCGCGGGUGAUGCAAAGCAUUUCAGUCACUCGAGCGACGGACGAUACAAAAGAUGGAUCGGGCCGGAUUUUCUUAUCCUCAAAAGAAAGCGAUCCCUGUAUUCUCCAAGGCAAGAACACGAAAUUUACCCGAGAACUGGCACCCAAGAAACAAGUGUUGCUGUCGAAACAAUUGGGAUUUGUCACAGUCGAGGUGGUCGAGGUUCUUGAUGACUGUCGUAUGAGAGUCAAGAAGCCAUUUCCCACUAAGGUUGUCGAGGCUUUGCGUGAGGAAGGAAAUAAAAUUGAAGAUGGAAGUGACUCAGAAUUAGAUGGGAUUCCCUUCAAAACCCUUCCUUACGUCGAUCAAACUCAAAUGUACGGUAAGGUUUUUGAGAAACUGAAGAACGGCGGCUGCCUUGGUAUCUUUCCGGAAGGGGGUUCACACGAUCGUACCGAUCUUUUACCUCUCAAGGCUGGAGUUUCAAUUAUGGCCUUAGGGGCGAUGUCCUCCAACCCUGAGAUCACCGUUCGAAUUGUCCCUGUUGGCCUGUCGUAUUUCCAUCCUCACCGAUUCCGUUCCCGGGCUGUAGUCGAGUUCGGUACUCCGAUCGAAAUCCCUCAAGAGCUUGUCAGAGACUUCGAGAAAGGCGACGAUCAUAAGAAGGCCGCGAUCAGUAAAGUGAUGGAGUUGGUUUAUGAUGGCCUGAAGAGCGUGACUGUUCAAGCUCCAGAUUAUGAUACGUUACAAGUCAUCCAAGCCGCUCGAAGAUUAUAUCGACCACCAGAUCGACACGUCAGUCUCAGCACGGUAGUCGAAUUAAACAAACGAUUUAUUACAGGUUACUUGCGUUAUAAGGACGAGCCAAGAGUGAUGGCAUUGAAGUCGAAGACGUUGGAAUACAACAAGUCGAUUAGCUACUUGGGACUUAAGGACCAUCAAGUUGAGAAAGUCAAUCGACCGUGGUGGAAAAGUCUGAUUCUGCUAUGUUUUCGGGCUGGUUUGGUGACUGGCUGGGGCGUCUUAGCCCUCCCAGGUGUGAUCUUGAACUGCCCCAUGUUUAUCUGUGCUAGUUAUGUGAGUCGGAAGAAGGCCAGAGAGGCUCUUGCCGCCUCAUCAGUCAAGAUUGCAGGGCGGGAUGUGCUGGCGACUUGGAAGGUCUUAGUUUCACUCGGAUUGGCCCCGCCGCUUUACAUCAUAUAUGUUGCUGUGGCCAUUUGGCUAGCGGUUAAAUAUGAUAUCUCACGCAAAUAUGUGAUGUGGAUCCCAAUGGGUAUGCUAUUUGCACUUCCGAGUAUUGGAUAUUCUGCGUUAAAAUUUGGCGAAGUAGGAAUGGAUGUAUACAAAUCUCUUCGGCCAUUAUUGCUCUCCCUUCUGGGUGAUCAGAACCAACUGGAGCGAGUACGGAAGAUGCGGAGCGAAUUGCAAGCAGAACUGCACUCGGUCAUAGAAGAAUACGCACCGAAGAUCUGGGAGAACUUUGAACAGACGAGGAUCCAUACGCCAUCUGCAGAUGUGCCACCAUUGAGUACCGAUGGCCGAAAAUCGCUGGGUUUAGGAUAUGGUGGGCGAGGGGUAGAUCUGAUCAACCAUCCGUUGAGCUGGUUGGACGAGAGGCUUUUUGGGUGGAGCCAGUAUGACUCUCGGCCUUCGCAGCAAAAACGGCGACGGCUCCGGCGGCUGAAAUCUGAACCGAGUCUUGCUGGGGAACGGGAAGAGUUCAGCACGUCGGAGGAGGGAACGACAGAUAGCGGAGCCGAUGAGGAUGGCGAUUACGAUUCGGUGGUCGGGAUGCUCAGUCGCUUCACAGGCGGUAACGGAAACGGGGUCAGGAGCAGACGGACUAGUCGCGGGAGUCGCAGUCGGAGUCAGUUGAACCUCACCAAACUAGACACUCCCGAGGAUGCUCCGAGCGGGACCAGCGCAGCCGUCAAGCUCGGGAUGACUGGUGAUCUCAGUCGCAGGCGGCAACCUUGA